GGUGGUCUGGUUCAGAGAGAUAAUUUCAUACAUUAGUUGUGGAUGUCUGGGUUAAAAAGUUGCCAGUUUGCCUCAUGAGGAGUCCUGUUAUUGGUGUGAUGUGCAUCGAUAGCGGUGUUCUGCAGCGGCCCGUUGAGUAUUUACUGGGCUCUUCGUCGAAAAAAAGCCACGCCUCGUCCUCUUUUUCAGAGAGUCCAUAUUGAUCGUGUGCUUUUGAGACCCAUCGCUGCAUUUCUUUUCAAUACGCCAUGUCUAACACCGUAAUCAAAACCACGACCACCACCACUACUACGACGAGUACUUACUACGGAGUUAAUGUAAAUACCGGCUACUAUAAAUCCUACAGGGGGAUGCUGGAGAUCGGCCAAGUGCUCGCCCUCCUGAUCGCCUUCCUCUGUGUCUACUGUGAGUUGCGGUGGCACGGACCCUCGGGCUUCCUCUACUUUCAGGUCGUCACGCUGUGGUUCCACAUCGCCUUUCUCAUCUUCCUGCUCAUGCACGUCUUCGCGCUUCAAUCUAAAAUUUCGUGUAUUAACUGGACGAUCACGGAGGUUCUGCACUACGUGUUGGGCUCUUUCCUCGUCUUCAUCGCCUCCAUAGUGGUAGCCGUGCAGGGUUCUGCGUACUCGUCUUUCGUCGCUGGUUCAGUUUUCGGAUUUAUCGCUACCUUCUUGCUUGUGCUCAGCCUAUGGUUGUCCUACCGAGUCACGUUUGGCCGACAGCAAACAACUGUAGGUGUGUAGUCCAGCUGGCUUAUUUCCUCCAAGGGUGAUGCGGUACCACCUUGCCUGGCAGCGUUGAGCUUCAGAAGAUGAAGCGCGGAUCAGUUAUUCUGUCCACAGCACCCAAUGCAGUAUUGCAAGCACUGUGUACAGUAUGACUGUUAUUUGUCACGAAGCACCCUUGAUUUAUGUCACAGUAUGUCUGAAAUUACUAUGCAAAUGUGAUCAUUUUAAAUAUAUUUUGAACACCUUGAUCAAGUUGGCCAAUAGCUAUACAUGCUGAAAGAAUACUUUCGGAAGAUCGGAGUUACUUCAGGCUCUUCAGAGGAACCGUAAAAACAAAAAAACAAGGAAAUGGCUGUCUGGUGAUAUAAUGCAGCCCCUGAGUUAUUAUAUGAAUGGGUAGGAUUUUGAAACCGUAUGCAAAAUGUAUAUAAACAGAAAUACAAUUUAGAAAUAUUUUCGCAGCCUAGGAACAAGACCACCUUUCUUCUCAAUAGACUUAUUCCGUCUUUCGUCCAUAGAACUUGUAAGAAUGUUAGUGGUUUCUGGUGUUACAGCCAGGGCUGCCCUCUGAAUGGCAUCUGGCGUACCCUUGUAUUGUUUGUCUUGUAUUGUUUGUCAACUCUUUUUAACUUCAGUUUUCACUGGUGCUGGGAAACCUUUUCGAGCUAGGAAGCCUGUACCUCGAGAAGCAUUUGAAGGGGCAUCAUCAUGCAUAAAGAUGCACUUCUUCUUAAAAGCUUGGCUUUGGCACUUCUAGCAUAUGAAGAAUAUGCCUGUCAGGAGGUCACACUGCUGCCUUUCAUCCCCUCAUUAAUUUUCAAUGUCCUAACGCUUUUGUUGCUGUCAACCUCUGCGCAGAUCCCACCACCUCCCUGCUGCUCUCUCAGUCUUGCACACAAGUCCCGCCCUUUGGACCCUCCCACCUGCCCCAUCCUGCAUCACCCAUCAGUUUUUAAGCCUUUUCUGGCCCACUUUCUCCAUUUCUGAAUGUGUGCUUGACAGAGGGGUGGCCUACUAAUCGACCAGCGAUCUAAGGAUUCUGCAUCUCUUGUCACGUUCUACACCUGGCACACCUGCCUUGUUGAAGACUUCUAAGUUGCUCCAUAAGGGAUAUUUAAUUAGAAUCUGCUUCAGUUUACAUUCAUCCCGGGCACUAAUGCUCUUGUUUGUUCACUGUUUUGUUCCGCAAUUAUUGGUCUCUGUAAUAUCUUUGAAAUUUCUGGUCUUUUACCAAUGCACAAUACCUAGACCAUUUUCUGUUUCUCCCUGGCUGACAAAGUCCCCGUUUUGAUUUGUAAAUAUCUGCAGUGUUAUUUAACAGGUAGAAACAUCAGCAUUUUCCCUCUCUGUCGUUAAGGUAUUUAAAAGUAUUACACUUGCAUAAUCAUUUCAGACCCACAAAGUGCCUUUGCUUGUUUACUGUAAACUUUACUUUUAUUUGUUUCUCUGCAGAUUUUUAUAUUUUAUAGUAAGACAUUUUCAGGUAUUAAAGUUAGCCAAAUUGUGGUACUGAACAAACCACAUAUUAUUUGUAUUUGAUUAGUUGUUAGAUAAAAUUCCAGUGUCACUCAUCGAAAGAAAAGAAAAAAACUAUUCUACACUUUGAAUGCAUUUGUGAAUUGCAUCUUCUCAUUAAAACAUUUAUUAUCAUUAA